UUUUUUCCCCCAAAAAGUCUUCGGUUCUCGCUCUCCUUUUUAUGCUCUUUCCUUUUUCGUACGCGAAAAAGAUCUUAGGGUAGGGUUUUGUUUCGUUACUCGCAUUUCAACAGCAAAAUCCUCUAAUGCUGAAUCUAAUCGGAGGGAAAAUGAAGGUUCAACUGUACAAGUCCUCCGUACCUAACUAGAAGGACAUCUCCCUGGCAGUAUAAAAUGUAAUGUUCAUCUAAAAAGAACUCUUACCAUGACAAUAACUUCCUUCCUUAGCAGUGCAAUCUCUUCUAUAUCUUUAUGUGAGGAGGGCAUUCAACUGAACACUAAUUGGGAGGAUGUGACUUGCCCUAUCUGCUUGGAUUUCCCUCACAAUGGUGUCCUACUCCAGUGCUCUUCCUAUCAUAAAGGUUGUCGGCCCUUCAUGUGUGACACUGAUCAUACCCACUCAAAUUGUCUCAACCGCUUCAAAAGUGCAUACAGGAUGUCUACAGCUCCAAAGGAUCCAUCAACCUCAGACUGGUCCUCUAGCGAAGCCUUUCAAGUGAUCCCUUCUAGCCCUGGCAACCACCCGUCCUGUCCACUGUGCAGAGGAGAGGUAACUGGUUGGGCUGUCAUCGUUGAGGCCAGAACAUACUUGGACUCGAAGAAAAGAUGUUGUGAAGAAAAAAGUUGCUCAUAUGUCGGCAACUUCAUGGAACUUAAAGAGCAUACCAAACUAAAACAUCCACAUUCUCGUCCAUCAGAAAUAGACCCUGCAAGGAAACUGGACUGGGAGAAUUUCCAGCAGUCCUCAGAGAUUGUUGAUGUCUUGAGCACUAUUCAUGCAGAAGUACCACACGGUGUGGUUUUGGGUGAUUAUGUCAUCGAGUAUGGCAGUGAAGGAACUGGUGCUGAUGACUAUGAAGAUUUUCCUCAGCGUCAAGGCAGAUGGUGGAACUCAUGCAUCUUAUAUAAGGUGUUUGGUAGCUUUAGGACUUCAAGAAACCGGCGGAGGUUGAGAGGGAAUAGCACAAGGAGAGGACGUCGUCGUUCAAGCUCAGAUGGUUCAAGCCUUGAUGAAGGUUCUCCAUCAUCUGUGGAUGUUUCGGAGUAUAGAUUUGAUGAAACUGACGAAGACUUUGUAGGAAUGGGUGGUGAUGGUGGGGCAACAUCCAGUGGAGCUGUUGUUCGCCACAGUUGGAGGCAGAGAUCUCGCUUCUAUGAUACCUGACACCUUGUGGGCAUCAUCAUCAACUAUUGUUCUUGUUUUGUUGAGGUCUCACUCUUUAUGUAAAGAUGGGUUCUAAAUCUAUUUUCCUUCAUGGUUGCGAUAUGCUUUCGAAUCGACUGUUAGUUUGUGCAUAUUAGCGGACAUUUUUAUGCAUCAAUUCAGCUAGUUUGCGCCGAAUUCAAGUUGUUCCGUGUCUACCUCUCUUUUGUAGAAAGCAAAUGAUAUAAAGUGAAGAAACGGUUCUUCGUUCUGGUCAUUUUCCCUUUAUACUGAUGAGUCAAUUUGAUGUUUGUUUCACAUGGAAUGUUAGCCGCUGCUUCAAAAGAACUGGUACACUGACAAAGCUUGUGUCGAUGUCGAUGAUGCAUAGUUUCUUCGCAAUGGAUUUGCUAGGAGCCUAGUACUUUGAUGUAUUGGAAAAUAUUAUUUCUAUAAUGAUUCCCUGAAUGAUACAGAUUGAAAAUUUAUUUCGGA